CAAUACAGUCAUCUGGGUGGUAGUUGAUCGAUUUUCCAAAAUGGCUUAUUUCAUUCCUUUGCCUGGUUUUCUAUCUGCUCCGCAGCUGGUGAAGUACUUUCUUCAGCAUAUCUUUUGCCUUCAUGACCUCCCGUCUCACAUCGUUUCUGAUCGAGGAGUGCAAUUUGUUUCCAAGUUCUGGCGAGCUCUCUGCUCCCGUCUCAAAAUCAAGCUGGACUUUUCUUCUGCUUACCACCCUCAACCCAACAGUCAGCUAGAGAGAGCUUCUUCUGGAGUACCUGCCGUAGAUGAACCAGUACGGGAUUUUAAGAUCAUUUGGCAGGAGACCCAUCGUUCUUUGCUUCACGGUUCCUCUUGUAUGAAAUCUCAAGCGGAUAAGAAGAGAAGGUUUUCACUCCUGGUGAUAAGGUUUGGCUCUCUUCUAAAUACAUCCGUUUCAGGAUUCCUGGGACCGUUCGAGGUUUUACAAAAAAUGUAUUCAGUUUCCUCUCCUGUGUCUGGUUCUUCAGAUAUCUUUGAAGUGAAGGAGAUUAUGGCGAUGAAGACGUUAUUUUUUAGUAGACUGGAAGGGCUUCGGUCCUGA